AUGGGGAGUUCGUGUUCAAGGUGUUGCGCUGGGCAAGCGCCCGAUUCACCCAGAGAUACCAAACUGAAGGAAUCAGAAAAUGCGAGAGCGACUUCAGGUGCCUCUGUUUCUCCUGUUUCUUCUUCUGAGCAGGGAGACCCCGAAGAGCAGUUUCAGCGAUCAAACUUCCCUAGGGAUUCUAGCAUUGGAAUCAAUCGGCUGUCAAGGGUCUCUUCGCAGUUUCUUCCUCCUGAUGGUUCACGCACAGUGAAGGUUCCGGCUGGAAACUUUGAUCUGCAGUACUCUUACUUAUCUCAGAGAGGGUAUUAUCCUGAGGCUCUGGACAAGGCAAAUCAGGAUAGCUUCUGCAUACAUACACCCUUCGGAACAAGCCCUGAUGACCAUUUCUUUGGAGUAUUUGAUGGGCAUGGAGAAUUCGGAGCUCAGUGUUCACAAUUUGCGAAGAGAAAGCUCUGCGAAAAUCUACUAAGGAAUAGUCGAUUCCGCACGGAUCCUGUGGAGGCCUGCCACGCUGCCUUCUUGGCAACAAACUCACAAUUGCAUACAGAUGGCUUGGAUGAUAGUAUGAGUGGGACAACGGCAGUCACGGUUCUGGUUCGGGGUAGGACGAUUUAUGUUGCAAAUUGUGGUGAUUCCAGGGCUGUCAUUGCAGAAACGAGAGGGAAGGACAUUGUGGCUGUGGACCUGUCGGUUGAUCAGACUCCUUUUCGAACUGAUGAGCUUGAAAGGGUCAAGAAUUGUGGAGCUAGGGUUCUUACGUUGGACCAGAUAGAGGGACUGAAGAACCCAGAUGUUCAAUGUUGGGGUACAGAAGAAGGUGAUGACGGUGAUCCUCCCAGAGUCUGGGUUCAGAAUGGGAUGUAUCCCGGAACAGCUUUCACCAGGAGUAUUGGAGAUUCAAUUGCUGAGUCUAUCGGUGUUGUUGCAAUGCCAGAGAUCGUUGUCUUAGAGCUUACACAGAAUCAUCCGUUCUUUGUGAUUGCAAGUGAUGGUGUCUUCGAGUUUCUCUCCAGCGAAACUGUGGUUGACAUGGUAGGUAUCUCUUUAAGUCCCUUUACACCUUUUGGUUCUUUGUUCUGGACUCUUUCAAAUCUCUGCUUUCUUUCUAGUAGAAUGGGCUCAUGGGAGUCCACAAGAGCCAGACAAGAACAAACGCAUUUUCAUCACAUAGAAGGAACCGUCUGUUUCUAUUAUUCAGCGUCUGUUUCUACUGUUGAAAAAAUGAUGAUUUAGUAGCCUACAACAGCAAAUGAGAAAACAUGAUUAGAGCACUUAAGUUAUGUGCUUAUUUUCUUAAUUUGUAUUCAUAAGACUGACCUAUUAUAUAUACAGGACUGUUUUUCGCACUUUCACAGGGCUGCCUCAUCAAUCUCUGCACCCGCUUUUUUUUUUUUUUGUUUCCUCUAAUUACAAUCAUUUUCAUUAAAGUCUCAAAUAUUUCUUAUUUACAAUCAUCAGCAUGGUAUGUCGUAAAUUAUUCUGUAACCACUUAGAAAUUCACACUGCUGCACCCCCUGCAUACUAUUGGAUUGUGAUUUUCUGAUUGAAUCUGCAGGUUUCGAAAUUUAAAGACCCCCGGGAUGCAUGUGCUGCAAUUGUUGCUGAAUCAUAUCGACUUUGGCUGCAGUAUGAAACUCGUACAGAUGAUAUUACCAUCAUUGUCGUGCACAUAAAUGGACUAAUUGGCGUAUGAGGAUUUUUCUCCUAUGAUUUUCUCAUCUAUUCAUGAUUUUUUGUUCUUAUAUUUCUUUUGUCCAUUUUUUUAUUUACUUAUUAAGAUCGAGGUCCUCGCAUAUUUUUUUCAGACAGCUUCUGUGCAAGGUCCAUCCAACAGUUUAAGAACUCUGCCACAAGUCAUUGAAGUGACAGGGUCUGAGUCUCCCUCCACACUUAACUGGAACUCGUCAAACCAGCGUGUGAGGCAAGAUUUGUCACGGGCACGACUGAGGGCCAUUGAAAGUUCCCUUGACAAGGGACUCGGGUGGGCCCCCCCUUCUCCAUCGCAUAGAAAAACUUGGGAAGAAGAAGUGAGACAUCCCCUAUCACUGUCCCUUUCUCAUCAUCGAUUGUUAAAUUUCCUUAAUCGGUUGACAUUAUUUCCGUGUAUUUGUCUGUUCGAACUUGUCCUAAUGUCAGGCACACAUCGAACGAGUUCUGCAUGAUCAUUUCUUAUUCAGAAAACUCACUGACUCUCAAUCUCGUGUGUUGCUGGACUGCAUGCAACGGAUUGAGGUCAAACCUGGCGAUAUAGUUGUUCAACAGGUUAGUCUCAUUAUUCAUGAAUAAACCCACUCUGAGGUCUGUACUGGUGAUGCUGUAUAUUUAGACGCUGCAGAGGGGAUUUAUCUUUCUCAUGUUAACUUACUGUGAUAGAUGCGAAUUUCAGGGUGGAGAGGGUGACUGCUUCUAUGUAGUUGGAAGCGGAGAAUUUGAAGUCUUAGCUACUCAGGUGAGCUCAAACCCUUUAAUUGUACAGACAGCUCCUUUAUAUUUUUUACUCUCCAUUUUCAAUAGCUAUUAAGCUUAAUCCCACCGAAGUCCACCUCACUUGAAAUUGAUGUCGGAUCAAAGCUGAAAUGGCAUAUGAAUGACAUCAUCCGUGUUGUUUUCUAUAAUAUACCAGUAAUCUUCAUGAUUUAUCUUUUCCUUUUUAAUGUCAUGGGUGGUAUUUUUUGGUGAAAGUAAUCUCAGUGUAAUUUUCUUUGUAUUUUCAGACGUGUAAAUCUGAGGAUUCUUAAAUGAUCUAUUUUCUCUCUAAAACUUUUCUGUCCAAAUCUGUUAGGAUCUCUUCUGAUUAAGAUCUCGAGGAUAUUUUCUUGAAAAUCCUAUUCCUGAUUCCUGUUUCGAGGGAUCCUCCAAAGUAAUCUUCAUCUGAACAAAAACAAUUUCCGGAAUAGUGACCAUAUGCCAUAUUGCUUUCGUAGCCAAUUCCUUCGGAACAUAGAUGAUUUCCUGAAGCUAUUUGUUUCAUAAAAGAAUGCAAGUGUCUCAUUGGCUACACUGAUUUUUUAAAUUUCAGGAGGAGGAAGGUGGAAAAGAGGUGAUCAGGGUUCUUCAUAAGUACACUUCUGAGAAGUUGUCAUCGUUUGGGGAAUUAGCAUUGAUGUAAGUCUGUUAAACGGGUGGUUUGUGUAUGUUAAUAAAUUAAAGGGAAUAUAAGAAGCGAACGCCUCGCGAUGUGCGGAGGUAUGUGUAGCUGAGACUUUAGGUUCAAGUAUCAGCAAAAAAAGGUCUACAAAAUCUAGAUAAAAAUGUUAAAAGGAUCCUUAGAAUUGCUACAAACUACACAUAACCUCUACUUUCUGGUAUUCUCAUGAGAUUUAGGAUUAACCAUCAGAGAAUUUUUGCAUUUUAUUCAUCAAAGAAAAGAAUCCAGUUGUACAUUUCUUCAAUUUACUAUUAAAAGAAGCCUUAAUGCAUUAACAAUGAAGUCACCAAGUUGUCUUCAUUAAGAGCAUUUUUGCCUGUUGGGCAUCUGUCUUAAUUUGCAAGUAUUCAUUUGUUUAUCAUUUUCGGACAGGUACAAUAAGCCACUCCAGGCAUCUGUUCGUGCAGUGACGAGUGGUACUCUUUGGGCUUUGAAGAGAGAAGAUUUUCGAGGAAUUCUCACGUCCAAGUUUUCCAACUUAUCGUCACUGAAAUUACUUCGAUCUAUAGAUCUUUUUUCAAGAUUCACAGUAUUGCAGCUGAAAAAUAUUUCUGAUAUACUUGAAGAAGUAUCCUUCUCUGAUGGGCAUCCGAUAGUUGAGAAGGUAACAAAACGGUGUAGUCAUCAUCGCGAUUAAUAGUCUUAUGGUCUAAGGACAGAUUUCAUUAUAACGUCCUAUGCCAGAAAGUUGGCAGGGUUUUUGUCUUUGUGCUAUUUAUACGUCCAAACCAUGUGAGAAAUAUGAUAGGUUCCUAGUGAAUAUUAUUUUUUAGUGUUUUGAAUGUAAAUCAAGAUAAAUUCCCUUUGAGAGAUUAUUCUAAAGCUCAUGUGCUGUUGCUCAUUCUGCAUGUAGAUAGAGGUAAUGGAUAAGCAGGGACAGCUCAAUUCCUUGCGCAUGGCUCUGUAUUUUAUUAAAGGCCCUCGUUCCCUUACUGAGUUUCGUCUAUUUGUGUCUUUUGCAGAGUCAGUAUCUGUCUGCGCUGCAUAUUAUUCUGAAAGGUCAGGUGAGAAUGACAUAUGAUGAUCAAACUUUGCGGAGCCCAAAUGUUCGCAGCCUUCCGUCUCCUAAUAUUACACAGGAAGAUCAUGCCCACAGAAACAGUGUGCAUGAGGUUCUGUUCUCGGAAGGAAGCCACUUUGGCGACUGGACACUUCUUGGAGAGAAGAUUGGCUCAUUGAGUGCUAUUGCUGUUGGUGAAGUUGUUUGUGCAGUCAUUACAAAGGAGAAGUUUGAUUCAGCCAUCGAACCUUUACCAAACCUUCCACCAGAUGAUCAAAAGUACGUAGAUUUAUAAAGGGUUGAUUUUACAUCUUUUGUCUUUAAUGUGAGCCAUAAUUACUGAGAGAUGAACCAUGGCUGUGAUACUUGAAGUGUAGACUGCUCCUACAGUGUUUUCCCUCUCUGAGUUACAAUACUGAUAUUUUAUAGCGUGACUCAGGUUGAAAAAUUCUCUGGUUUCCUUGAAAGGUGCCAUCACAGAUGAUGCCACAAGGCUGUCUAAAAUUCGACUUUCUGAUCUGGUACGUGGUUAGUUGCUUGAGUCUUUUUCUUUGGAUCGCUUUUGCGUUCUCAUUGCCAAUGGUCUUCCAGGAGACUUUUAAUCUAAUAUUGAUUUCAAUCCAGGAAUGGAGAAAGGCCAUACAUGCAACUGACUACAGUGAUCUGGGCAUUGUCCUUUGGAAAGAUUCAAGUAGGUUUGACAAAAUGAUUGAUUUUUUCAUUUGUGAAUGAGGCUGCAUACCUUCCCCAAAAGGUUUAUAUGCUUUACUACCUCUUUGUAAAAAGCUAUUUCCUCUGUUCUUUGGAUGGAUUUCAGAAGAGUUUCUGACUUUGAAAAGAUUUUCAAAGAAGAAGAUCAGGCAGCUUGGAAAAGAAAAUCACGUUCUCAAGGAGAGAGAUCUAUUGAAGAGCCUGAGUCAUUCAGCUCAUGUGCCUCGUGUCCUUUGCACACUUGCUGACCAAUCGUAUCUUGCAAUACUGCUUAGUGCGUGUCUGUCUUGUUCACUAUCUUCGAUACUGUACAAGCCCCUGGAUGAACCAACAGCACGAUUCUGUGCUGCGUCCGUGGUAGUUGCUUUGGAGGAACUUCACGAAGUCAGCUUCUUUUUCUUGCUCUUCUCCUCCAUAUAUAGUUUGCGUACUGUGUGUCAUUCUAACACACAUCCUAUUUGAAUGCAGACCUCUACCCUUUAUAGAGGUGUCUCACCUGAGAUUCUAAUGCUUGACCGUCGUGGGCAUCUGCAGGUUAGAUUUUUGACUUUUUAUUUAAAUUUUUAGUUGCUUUCUAUAUUUAUUGGCGCUACCGAUACAAUAUCACCUUGUAUUCUCAAAACGUGUAGCUGGUAGACUUUCGAUUUGCGAAAAAGUUGGCUGGUGAAAGGACAUUCACCAUCUGUGGGACCGCUGAUUCCUUGUCUCCAGAGAUACUUCAAGGGAAAGGGCACGGUCUCGCUGCUGACUGGUGAGUGUGCUUAAAACAGAGUUCUGACUCUCUUUUAGGGUUUCAUGUGCGUUAGUAUGAUGCAGUAUGUCCCAAGAAAGACCGUUGAUGGCGUAUUGGAUCAACAAAAUUAGUUUUUUUAAUUUAUUUUUUCUAUUGGGCUCAUCUUCCAAUCGUAUCAUUGGGAUGGUUUCUGAUCUGUUUUAAUUUUUGUUUUUGUUUUUGUCGACUAAAAAUGCAAUUGGAUUUUUAUGGUUCUUCCCAGUUUCCUCAAGCUUUGUGAUCUUCUGGAUUAACUCUAAUGGUGUUCGUCUGAUUGGUGAAAAUCCUCUCGUUUAUACAGGUGGGCAUUGGGGGUGCUGAUUCACUUCAUGCUUCAAGCUGAAAUGCCAUUUGGCUCAUGGAGGGAGAGUGAACUAGAGACGUUCUCAAAGAUCGCCAAGGGGCGUCUGUCUCUUCCAGAAACUUUCAGCAGGGAAGUGAUCGACCUCAUCACCAAGGUGUGAUUUUUUAUUUUUUUUUAAACGCACUUGCAUAUCUACCCAUUGAUUUCUCCCUCGAUCUUGCGUACAACUCUGAUGGGAGUUUCUUCUCUGAUACUCGGAUAUAACUUAACGAAUCUGAGAUAAGUAGUCACCUACUUACCGUGGUCGUUGCCAGCUGCUGGAGGUCGACGAGACGAGGAGACUGGGCAGCGAUGGCGCCGAGUCCGUAAAGAAGCAUCCGUGGUUUAGUGGCCUCGAUUGGAAGGGAUUUGCAGACUGCACUGUUCCUGUCCCCCAAGAGAUCACUUCCAGGAUAGACUACUACCUGGAAAACCGCGCAGAGGGCGCCAAAACUCCGACUAUUUCUUCUCCAUCUCCAGAGGCAGAUGAGGCGGGCGCGCCGCAGUGGCUCGAAGAUUGGUGA